GCGUAUUUCGGUAAGCUUCGUUCGACCUUGAAAAGCAAUAGAUAUUUGCGUCCGUUUGAUAUGUCUUUGGAAUUAAGUUUGUUGUCUUAUUCAUGUCUUUUUAAAACAUGGCAUUUUAUCUUCACCUCACUCAUCUUUAUGUAUGGAUGACGUAUAUAUAUGAUAGAGAAUCAUGGAGUUCGUUCGGUUCACGAAUCGAUCGAUUCGUGAUUAGUUUGAAUAUAUAUACAUUAAUUACCUUUAAAUAUUUUAUGCUUGAUCAAUAACAGUCUUGAUAAUUGUGGGUUAAUUUAUCAUACUCGGGGCAGGUUUUAGUUUUUCUAUUCAUUGUUUUUGCUUACAACUACAUAGCUAUAGCUAUGUGAAGGUCAUUUGACUUCGGGAGUUUCUCCAAAAUACCCCAAAAUUUCCCCAAACUUGGUAGCUCAGGUUCCUAUUUUUAAGCCUAGGCUCCUAACGUUGGGAGACCAACCACUUUUUGAGUAAAGCUUAUGACAGAUUGCGUCACAUAACCCAAAAUGUACUUACAUGUGAUUCCUUUUCAGAAUUUUCUAAACAUUCUCAUUUUGGCUUGUGUUGCACACACAUUAUUUAUACUUUUUUAGUUAAUGGGUUGCGUAAUAACGUAGGAUUUUUCAGUUAUAGUCAGCUUGUUUAGGGGGCUGGAAUAUUAUUGGGUUGAAAUUUCUAAGGUUUAUAUUCGAAUGGUUUCUUGAGUUCUUAACGGGAGUAAUUACUUCGUUCCCCGUAUUAUUAUUCAUCCUAAUCUGUACGUCUUUUUUUAAAGAGCCGUAAAACAUCUGGCCGAGUGAUGACUAACUUCUCAUUUAUGCUUGGGCUUGUGGUGGAGUUCCACACACUUCUGGUCUUCUUCUAACCAUUGCUUGGGCUCUAGGAACUGUCCAACCGGUUAGAACAAAAUCAUAAAGUUUCAACUAGUGACUUUAAGGGCGAGACUAUAAUUUAUGGGUGCAAAUUUCAUUCACUCAUUCAGCUUAAUACCAUUUUGUCAUUACAGCUGAUGUCAGCUCGUGAUGAAAACAAUAAAUCUUAUUCCCAACCUCAACGUUCAACAGUUAAUCUUAUUCUCAAGUCCUCAUACUAAUCUAUAACCCUUACCUAACCAUAAUCAAUAGAUGAACGCUUUGAAGUCAUUUCAGCACUGCACAAAGGUCGCCCAUAAAUUAUAGCCCCACCACCAGUCACCGUGGAAGUAUUUUAAACCGUAACAAAAAUUUCAUCUGUGUAACCUGGCAGUAUGUAAUUUAUUUCUUAGAGUGCUAAGAAAGGGGGGAUUUUAUCAUAAUGUGUUCUAUUUUAACCGUGAUAAUCUACAUCCCGUUAAUUCAUCAAUUUUACUUUAAAAAGUGCCUAAAAGUUCAUUAUCUAGGACUGAUACAGAUAUGUUUGCAUAUAAAUGCACUUUAACUCUUGUAGCAAAAAUAUAGAGUGUAGGAUUUAGUUUAAAAGAAUGUCUUAUUGAAAUGAUUGACUGAUUGUUCUUAAAACAAGAAGGUACAUAUUCUGGAAGACUUCCUUCAGCUAAGCUUAUUAUCUAAUUUUUCUCUUUUCUCAGGUGACUAUAAGGUCGAGACAAGAACUUCCAAUUUCCAGCUUAUAAGUUCCAUUUCUUAUACUUCAGUCGCAUAUUUCAAGUGUACUUUGUCCAUUAUUUACGCUUAUAAAGGCCUGAAGACCGUAGAAUAUGGCUAAAACAUGAGAGUCAAUUCAAAGGAACUUGGGUGUGUAUCUCCUUCUUGGAAUUCGUCUUUUGAAGGCAUCCUCUAUUGGAAACAAAAAGUAGAUUCGCGAUUAAAGCGUGGAUGUAUUUUUUCUGAACACUGGUGCCGGUUGAAAGGAAACAUUUUGAUUCUUUGCCGUUUUCCCGAUAGAACGAGCAAUGAAGUCUCAGGUGUGGUACUGUUAGAGCGUUUCACUGUGUCGCGUACUAGAGAUGAAGAAAUAUCCUACUCAUUUCGUUUAGAUUUCGAUUCCGGUGAUAAACCUCUUGUAUUUGUCGCUCGUUCUGAAGAUGAGGCAGAGAAGUGGUGUCAUCACCUUAACAAGGCACAACUGGCACCUAGGUUACGGCGUUUUACUUUGCUUCGUGAUGAAAUACGGAGAAUCACAGGAUCUGAUCCACUAGAAGCUGGAUUUUCUAGUAAUUCAGUUACCCCACCAACUAUCGUUGAGGAAGGUUCAUUGAAUGACGAGGGACUUGAAGUUAUGCUGAAAUGCCUGAAUAUUGGAGAUAUGGCACAUCCUAAUGAGCUUCCUAAUACUUGUCUAUUUGUUUCUAUAUCAACUUCACUGAAGAGUAAUUGGACUCCAGUUGGGGCAACUGAGAUAAUUGAAUGCUCUCGGAACCCAAUUUUUUCGAAAACAAUAUUUCUACGCCACGAUUUAAUUGAUAAGAACAAUUCAAUACGAUUCAGUUUAUUUGAUAUUAAAGAUGUAAAAUCAAGUGUAAGCGCUUUAAUCGGUGAAACAAUUACAACAAUAAAAGUAUUAUUGGAUAGUUCAUCUCUUCUGUUCCCAUUACGUGAUGAUUGUUCUCCAAUACCUGUGAAGUAUGAGGGUUUAGAGACGACUUUUCCAUCAAUAGUUGUGCAAUCAAGGAAACAAAAGCCAUUAGAUCCCACGGCAGCUAAGGUUGAUGCUAAUAUGUUGUCAUUACGUUCAGUAUGUGAUAAUCUAUUGUCUAAACGAUAUAAAUUCCAAGAUUCAAUGGGUGAGACAAUGCAUAUUAUUGAAUUUAUGGGCGAAUCAAAGCUAUGCUAUGCUUUUCCGAUAGAAUAUCUAAAAACUUUAAUUCAGUCCGAAUAUUUGAUAUAUGACUCUUUAUCUCGAACUGGAUCUUCGAAACCUGUUAUUGAAAGCCUGCGAAAAGAACGAAUGAUUAGCAUGAAACAAACAUUGGAACAGUAUGAAGCUAAUUUAAGAAAUUUAGUUGAUUACACUGGUCCUCUAUUCAAAUCAUCUAAUGAACGUGCUAAUCCUCGCUAUGAUUUUGUUCCGACCAAUCUUCACGUGAAUCAGAUAGCUUUAACGGAUGUAGACGGCCAACUAGUUUCCUCGCAUAAUAUAAUAUCUGUUGGUGCAUUUUCAUUGGCUUCUCGACGUUAUAAAUCUGGUGGUUUAUUUCGAAUGGCAUUCGAUACUAUGAUUACACCGACACGUACAUAUCCACCUUCAGAAUUAUCUUAUUUAAAUCUAUCAUCGGAAUCACCCGUAGCUUCUGCUACAUGUCUUUUAAAUACAAAACCAAUUGGUAAAGCUAUGGAUUUAUUAUAUCGUGGAACACAUUCUAUUGCUUUAUUAAGAUCUGAUUUAGCUGGUCUUAUUCAAAGAUUAAACGCACCUGGACAGGCUGAACCAUUAGCUCAACGUUUGCAAAAAACUGUAUCUUCUAUACAGUGGAUAUUUUCAGAUAAAUUAUUAUCUAACUUAAAUGUUUUACCAGUUGUUUCAUGUGAUUUCGAAGUGAUUAUCACUUUACUUACACAAUUAUCAUCAGUGGAAAUAAUGAAAUCAACAAAUUCUCAACCAUCACAACCCAAUGAUCAUGUAAUAAUUAUAAAUAAAAAGAAAAAUGAGUCUCGUGAAAAUUUAAUAGAUUCUUUAGAUAAAGCUGGUCAAAAAUUAUCUGUUACUUUGGAACGUAUAUGGGAAAGUGCAGCAUCAGUGCUAUGGGAUCAUGUCUUGUCAGGUCUUGCAGAUUUAUCAAAUCAACAAACUCUUUCUGUUAGUAAAGAAGGUAGUGGUAAUUAUUCUGAUUUAAUUGCUGAAGCAGAACGUUCCGCUUAUCCUAAUAUGUUACCAAUAAAUGAUAAUGUACUUACUGCUGUUUCAAUUAUUCAAGAUUCGUUCAAUUAUCGACAUCAUGCAUGUGUUUGUCAGCUAUUAACCGCAGUUCUUACGGCAUUGUCAGUGCAUAUACCCCGGUGGGAUCGCAAAGAUUGGGAACAAGCUGCUGUAUGUGGUGUCCUAGCUCAGUUUGAAGGCCUUCUAAGUUGUUAUGGCGACGAACAAGGAAUGAUUGAGGAUUGGGCAUGGGCAAUUGAUUAUUUGUUGACGUAUCGUGUUACACUUCGUCCAUCUGGUAACUUCUCUGAGUCCGUAAUUGAUACGAGUGGAAGAAAUUCCGAGGAUACGGACUCGAACGUUCCUACCUCGAAUCGCUCUGAUACUGAAGAAUUUCAUGUGGAUUUCAAAGUCACAAGAUUGAACGAAUGCGAGCUUACUGUUCCUUGGAAAUCAUGGGUUCAUGCACCUUCGGAAAUUCAAGCUCGUGGUCGUGUACGAAUUCGUUUACAUCCUGUCUCAUUUGUAGUCGGAAUCAAUGAACUACAAUCAGUUGCUGAAACUUUAGAUAAAACUGCUGUGCAAAACGCGGUAAACAAUCAUGGAUUAACAUCUUUACGCGCUUAUUUCAAUCGAUAUACAAAACAUUUUGGCGCUCCAGGUCGAACUGUUUCAAAUCAAGAUGUCUGGGAUUUACUCACAGAUAUUACACAUCAUCUUUCUACACCUGUUCGUUCAAAACCAGUUGAAGUGUUACAGUUAGCAUCAGAAAUUACUCAAGCAUUUCAUGGUUUACGAAUAACAACUUGUAAAUCAGCUAAAGAUCGUACAGCUAUGUCUGUUACUUUGGAACAAAUCCAAUGGUUGAAAAGUGAAGGUAUGCAUGAAAGUUGUUUUACCAAAGCUCUUCAAUGUAUUCGAAGCACUGGUCUACGUUUAGAUAAUGUAAUGAAAAACACUGGUAAACGUAAAUAUGCGUUCAGUCGUCUCCAGCUAUUAUCAUUUCCAAGAUUGUAUAAACCACCAAUCGGAACAUAUUCUACAAAUGUAUCAUCGUAAUAUAUAUCGUCGAUAGUAGAUUUAUUCAACAAUCAAUUUGAUUUAUUCGACACUGAUUCUUAUUUUUCCUAUCGACUUUUCUCUAUUUUCAUUUUAUCAUCGAUGAAAACGAAGAAGAGAUUCAUUCUUUCUUUUGAUAUUUGAACAAUCAAUUUAUCUUUAAGUGGAGUAUAAGUAUGUUUCAAUAUUAUUAUUAUCAUUACUAUUGCUAACAAAAUACUAUGGAUAAUACUUUAUUAAUGAUAACUGACUUUAUAGUCACGUUGAUUUCCUUUUUCCAAUUUUCGUCUUUCCUAACCUCAUUCCUUUGUGUCAUUGUGCUUUGUAAAAAUAAAGUCUCCUUUAUUCAUUUCAUAAGAAUCUUAUUCAUUAUUUACUACUAAUUUUGAUUGUAUAGUUGUAUUCAUACUGUUUCUUUGAUAAUUAUGAUGUCAAUAAUUGAAUUCAUUUACAUCAAUUAAUCUAUACUUUAUUCAUUGAUCUAUAUUUAUUAUAUCUUAAGAAAUAGUUCUACUUUAUCUCACGCAAUGUGUAAUUAAUGUCGGUAACUACUGCUCUUAAUAUGUUGUGCAUAUAUGUAUACAUAAAUCUAUACAUGUUGAGACGACAAGUGUAUAUUGAGUUCAUUUUUAUUCUUUCUUCACAACAUGAUGUAAGUGUGUGUGUGUGUGUGUGUGUGUAAGGAGAAGAUGAACUGUUGUUAAACAAUAUGAUAAAUAUUUCAAUGUACAAUAAUUUCUCAAUUGUCUCCAGUUCAUGAUUUUAAAACAACAAACAUUCUUGAAUCAUCUUUGAGAAUUUUUAUUUAUUUUUGAUAUUCUAUUGAAUGUAAGCAAUGACGUGACUAGAUGUUAAAUUAUAUAGUGUGAAGUUAUUAAUUAUUCGUAAUGAUAUUUUAUUUUUUCGUUUUUUUUUUGUUGAGAAAAAUACAUUUCUCUUUUAUUAUCG